AAUAGUAACAAUAAGAAGUGGAGCAGUCUGAGACGUGCAGACAGCAUGAGCCACGGGACCAGCAACAGCUGACUUCAGGGUCUGCAGGAGCAGAACAAACAUCACCCACAGCAUUGGCGUCCUAGGUUUAAGAAUGAGCAAAAGAGGGAGGAGGAGGAGCAGCAGGAGGAGGAAGAGCUCCACCAGCAGCAAACAGAGUCUGUCUCCAUACAUCUUCAAAAAGCAAAGCAACAGCAUCUGCUGCUCGGAUGAUGUGGUUGAAAAGGGGGAAACUGACUCUCUCAGAAAGGAGAACAUUCCUCUGGGAUUUGAGGAAAAGGAAGCUGACAGCAGCGCCCCCCCUGAGGGGAAAAGGUUCAAGCACGGCUGUGGCUGGACUCUGUUUCCAGGCUGUGAGAGAGUUCACUCAGAAACCGUACGGCUGGAGGAGGCGGCGGUGAAAAUAGUCACAUCUGUGUCAGUCUCUGAUCUGGGAAACCCCUCCUCCAAGGUCACGUUCUUGCAGUCCCACCAACCCUCAGGGGGAGAAUCCCCACAUGAGGUCACCAACACCUUCAGGGUCCACAGCAGUGGGGUACAUGUGACCCUGGAAAUACAGGAAAGGUUUCAGCUGGGUCCACGAAUCCCAGAGUCCUCUCUUGCGUCGAACAUUAGCAGAGCCGACGUGCCAACGGUGUGGUCUUCCACUCCUGACAACGAGUCAUGUGACGGCAGGUGGCAGCACAGUAUCAGAGUGGGCCCCCCCUCCUACACGUUCACAACAGACGCUUGCACAGACACGGGCGUCUCCUUCAGUCCGCAGGAGUGUCCCUGCUGCAGACAUUACCUUCAUCAGCACCGCCCUGCAGACCUCAUGCUCCUCACAAACACAAAGGCAGAAGAGAACCUCAGCCCAGACCAGCUCUGGGACAUCCCCCCACCACCACAGUUUGCAGACGUCCCCUACGGCAGUUUGGAGGACCUGACAGGAGAACUGGCCUCUUUCAGGAUCGCCGCUCACAGUCCUGUGCUCAAGCAAAGGCUCUUCCACUACCCCACCCACAGCACCAUGCCGGUAGGCAUGUGUCCUGUUCAGGGGGAGGAGGGUGGAGAUCAGGGCUCUUCCUCAGCUCAGCUGUCAGAGCCCGAGAACUACGAUUCCCUGUUCCCCAGACCGUCCCUGUCCACCAACAGGUCCAGCUUCACCACAGACUUCAUCUGUUGUCAGAGGCGCCGGUCCUGGGUCAGAAACAACAGCAUCGCCACAGUGGAGCACAGAUUCUGCUCCCUUCUGCAGCAAAGACGACAGACCUUUCCUGGGGUGUCCCAGGGCCCCUCUUUGACUCAGGAGGAGCUCCCGCAGCCCCUCAGCGAGUCCUUCUCCUCCUUGAUCAUGUGCUCUCUUCCUUACCUGAGCGAGGGGCUGGGAGGGGUUAAAAAAUGGAGCGGCAGGUCUUCAAAAACCAGAGAAAGCCUGGAGAUUUUCUCAGAAAACCCAGAUGGGCUCGAACGGGGGGGGCUCUUCGUCAGUCCGUUCCAAAUGAGGACCUGGGAUGAAAAUCCUGACACCUUCAGUCAGCAAAAUAGAAGCAGCAUCCUGACCGUUUACCUGGAAGCGGACAGUCCUCCAGAUGAAGACACCUUUAACGUUGAAGCUAUCGACCAAAAAACCAAGUAUGAGUACCAGGACCCUCAGGGAGGUGGGGGCAAUCAUUGGGGGCUUGCCAUCCAAGUUACUCCUCCAUCCUGCAGUGGCUCAGAAGAGCAGAUGCUGGACAGUCAGCCCUUCAUGUCCCUGCAGGUGGCAAACCUAGAAAAUCCCCAUUCAGGGUUCUCAGUCCAGACAGAAACCAGUAGAGAGCAUCAGGACCCCCUCCAGCAAGCGGACGCUGGGCUGUUCCCGGGAAGCUGCACACUCACGGACGUGAACUCCUCAAACAGGAAUGAGAUCACAGCGUCAGCUGAAGGAGUGGACAGCAGACCGUCUGAGAAGCUGCAGGAGGAUCCAGGAGGAGCGGGAGACCCAAACACAGCUCCAGACAAACCCCCAAAACAGCUGUCCAUCAAAGUGGACACGGCAAACCGUGCACACACUCUGCACAGAUCUUCUUCUGAGAGCAAAGAGCAUCUGAAGCCUCUACCUCACAAAGACAGAGACGUGUCCGAGCACUGGGCCAAGAGGAGGAAACUCUUCAAAGAGAGCAAGCAGUCGAGCUCUGCAGGAGGGAGCUCCUUCACCAGUGACCUUACCGAGGAGUCUGUAUCGGAGGACACCCACUCAGCAGACCUGGCUCUACAGGAGCAAGAGGACCGGGGCUUCUACACAGAGACCUUCUACUCAAUAGCCUGGAUUUUUUGGGGAGAUGAUGAUAGCUCAGAACCCAUCCGUGCUAACCUCAGCACCAGAACUCGGCCCAUCUCCAUUCGAGAGCGGACAGUAAGGAUCAACAAAGGCAGUGGCGAGUAUCCGUGGGGGUUUCGGAUUCAGUUCUCCAAACCAAUUGUUGUCACGGAGGUGGACACAAAUGGAGCUGCUGAGGAAGCGGGCCUGAUGGUUGGAGACUACGUCCUUGCUGUUAAUGGAGUUGAUGUCACCAGCAUCCCUCACUCUGAGGCUGCCAAUUUAGCCAGACAAGGUCCAGAUGUUCUCACGCUGACCAUCGGAUCAGACAUUGGUCGAGGCCCGAACACGCCAAGGCCACCGUGCCGUGGUUAUCUGCACAAGCGAACACAGUCUGGUUUGAUCAAAGGUUGGAGGAAGAGGUGGUUUGUUCUCACUCAUGACUGCUGCCUGUACUACUACAAACACAAACGGGAUGAAGGGAAGAGGUAUCCGCUGUCAUCAGUGAAGCUGGAAGGGGCUGAAGUGGGUCCUGAUGAUUCACUGGGAAAGCCGUUUGUGUUCAAGUGUCGGCCUCAGUACGGGACUCGAGUGUUCCUUCUGUGUGCUACCUCUAACCAGGAAAGGAAAAGGUGGCUGGAAGCCAUGGAGAAAGCCAUCCUCCCCAUCACUCAGGACCAUGUUUGGGUCGAUGUGACGCGGCACAACUCAAACCUGCCUCCCCUGGCUGUGAAGAGCCCAGACUGUCUGGGGCUGCUGCAUAAAAUGGACAGGAGCAAGGACAUGUGGGUCCAACACUACUGCAUCCUGAAAGAUGCCUGCCUUUACUUGUACAGCGGCAUCCGCGCCACCCAUGCACAAGGAGGGCUGUACCUUCAGGGUUACACUGUACGAGAACAGCCACAUGGAUCUAAGAAGUCCACCAUUGAACUGAAGCCUCCAUCGGAUGAAUUUAAGACCUUCUAUAUCUGUGCUGAGAAUCCUGCAGAGAAUAAACGAUGGAUGGCUGCUAUCAAAGCUUCAGUAAAGAAGUGGCUGCCCCUACAUCAUGCCCUUCAGAACCACAUUAACCGCCCCCCUGAGGAGGCCCGAAUGUGAGAGCCCAGAGAGGCUGUGCGGCAGUGGGACCUGCACCCUCAGUCAUCACGGCAGUGGGGAUUAAAGCACAGGAACGUCUUUUUUAUUCUCACUGUUUCAUCCUCUGGAACUGAGGCUCCUCUUAGCGAGCUUUUAGUUUCAACGUUUCUAAAGAGACUUUUUGUAAGUUUGUUUCUGAAAUAAACACAUCAUGUUACUUGUUCA